CAAUGAUCGGGUAUCAGCGCAUUCCAUGCGAUUAUGGGACGUAGCACUAUUGACAGCUCUCAAUGCGGAGUGAAGCGAUAAGCUAGGCCGAGCCAGAGCUUUGUAUGCCAUCCCUCCAUGAGCAUCAUUCAAGAAAAUCACAGUCUGCAAACAUGACGCAUCUCGAAGAUCCAUUUCCCGUUCCAGAUGCAACGCUUCCAUUCUGGAGGACACAAUUGCAUGAAUUAGACAAUCACAGAUCAACAAAAGACCUUCCCACAGAAUGUGACGUCCUAAUUAUCGGAGCCGGAUACUCUAGCGUAACCACAGCAUAUCAUCUCCUCGACAACAAUCCCUCACCACCAUCAGUCGUCGUCUUAGAAGCUCGGGAAGCAUGUUCCGGCGCAACAGGUCGCAACGGAGGACACAUCAAACCGGACCUCUACUUCAACAUCCUUCGGUAUUCCCAAAAAUACGGCCCCGAAAACGCAGCCGAGUUUGCAAAGUUCGAAGCAGCAAAUGUUCUAGCAGUCAAGGAUCUGGUAGAGAAAGAAGGUAUUGAUUGUGACUACCAUCUCACGCGAGCUGUGGACGUGUAUCUUGAUCCCGCGCACGCGAAGCAGACGGAAGCUUCAUAUAGAGAACUUCAAAAGACUGGUCUUGCGACUUUGAGCGAUGUGCAAUUCGUGACUGGUGAGAAUGCUGAGAGUUUGUCAGGGGUAAAAGGAGCAAAAGCAUGUUUCUCAUUCACAGCAGCACAUGUAUGGCCUUACAAGCUAGUCAUGCAUCUUCUCUCCCUGAUCGUCAAGAAGGGCGUCAAUCUCCAAACCACGACUCCCGUGAUAUCAGUAUCCGAAACUCCCAACUCGGACGGAACCUGGACAGUCACUACCCCUCGAGGAUCCAUCAGAGCGCGGAAAGUGGUCUUUGCUUCAAAUGGAUACACAGCAGGUAUCGCGCCUCAAUUUGCGCAUAAAAUCGUUCCGGUAAGGGGUAUUUGUAGCAGGAUCGUUACACCGGCUGGGAAGGAUUCUCCGUUCUUGCCGUAUACGUAUAGUAUCCGUUAUGGACCUUCUCUGUAUGAUUAUCUGAUUCCGAGAGCGGAUGGGAGUAUUGUUGUUGGAGGCGCGAAGCAGGAGUUCUGGCAUGAGAGGAAGUAUUGGUAUGGGAAUACGGAUGAUAGUAAAUUGAUAGAGCCGGCGAAGAGUUAUUUUGAUGGGCUGAUGCAGAGACAUUUCAAGGGGUGGGCGGAUAGUGGUGCUGUUACUGAUAGGGUCUGGACAGGAAUCAUGGGUUGGAGUUCAGAUUUCAUGCCUUACGUUGGAGAAGUCCCAAAUAAGCCAGGGCAACUUAUCCUUGCCGGCUUUUCGGGUCACGGAAUGCCGUUGAUAUGUCUUGCUUCGAAAGGAGUAGCUGAGAUGCUGAAAGGGGAGAAAUUCGAAGAUACUGGGAUCCCAAAGCUAUUCAAGCCGAGUAUGGAAAGAUUGACGAGUGAGAAGAAUGAAAUUCUAGAUAGUCUAGCGAAACCUGCUCCGCCUUCGAAAUUGUAGAUGGCAGUCUACGAAUCUUCAAACGCAAGAUGCUAUGAUAAAAUUUAUUACGUAAGAGCAAUAAAACUCUUCUGAUCAACG